AUGGAUAGAACACACAUUGUAGCGCUCGCAAAAAAUAUCCUCAGUUUUACUAGCACUCUUGCUACACAUAUCAAUAUCCCAGAUGUGACUCCAUGCUUAUUAUGUGGAAAAGAGGUUUAUUCACUCGCAUCGAACCCGCAAUACCAAGAAUUUACCCUAGCUUCGUGUGGACACAUCUUUCAUCAGAAGUGUCUCGAAAAGUAUCUGGAAAAGGGAUCGCAAGACAAACCUUCAACUACUGAUGAAAAUACCACCUCCAUGCCAGUGGAUUCGGAAAAUGCAACUCCUGUGGAUGAGGAUUCCAAUGUAACUGUUAUGAAGGAGUUAGGAUUAUUAGGCGGAGAGGAGCAAAGUUCGUCCAAGACUACUGACAAGGCAUCAAGCUCUAUUCAGAUCAUUAAAGAAACUUCUGACCAGGCAACUAGCCCUAUUGAGGUUGUUAGCAUUACACCUGGCAAUUCCGAAAAUCGGGAUGACUCGAUUUCAAAGGAUACUAGCGGACAAAUCCAACGCCCUAUAUGUGAGAAAUGUUCUGAAGAAAUCUCCCUAGAAUUCACGAAACCAACUAUUUUUUUACCCUGCAAACAUGUUGUGCAUUACGAUUGCAUUAAGGAUUCUCGCAAGAUGUGCCCUACCUGCCCUUCGUCUGAAACGAUGUCAGAGAUAUCAACUCUAGUAGAAUCGGAUCCGAGUGAUGCACAGAAAAAACGUACUAGGGAAUCAUCCGCAUCUACCGAAAAAUCGUCCAACAAGAAAGCGAAAAAGACUAAUGGGAAGAAGAAAGUAUCAAGCACGCUGUUCCCACUGCUGGAGAGAACUUGGAAGAAACAA